UUAUUAUUUUAGCUGUGUCGUGACAGAUCCUGUGCUUAUACUUUUCUGAGAGUAGAUCCUGCGCUUAUAAAUCGUGCGAUAUAGGUUCUAAACAAAGGAAAGAAAUAGUAGAAACUCACCAAAUGGCAGAAUCUUUAAUUGAAUGUAUCAAGUGAAGACAAAAGUCCCUCUCAGUGAUCACAUUAUCUCCUUUCUCCACCAUACAAUACAACUCAAUGCAUUCAUCUCCUGCCUCCUGCUUAAUUGCCACUAACUUCUAUGUCUAACAUACAUUUUAAUCUCUCAACAUAACUGAGAAAAAAAACCAUGGACCUCAGUCUCUAAUAACCUCUCACAUUUUAGUGAGGAAUUAGUACAGCUUCAGCACCAAAACAAAAAUUCAUCAGAAAAAUGUCAGCAGCAACCAGCUUGGGUUAUGGAGGACCAACAUGCUUCCAUGUCACAAAGAGACAGCAACAAACAAGGAACAACACCAUUGGGAUGAUGACUGGUUGGGGAGGAAGAAGACAUUAUGAGACAAGCAAAAAGGAUGUUGUAGGAGUGGUAAGAUGCAGUGGAGUUGGGUUAGGAGACUUCAUAGGGGGAGACUUGUUGAAACCUGAUCUUGGACGUUGGCUUUCAGAUGUUGAAGAGCACAAAGCACUUGCAAUUUACUCUCCUCAUGAGGGAGGCUAUGAAGGCCGCUACUUGUCUCGUCUCAGGCGCCAAGGUUACUAUUUUCUAGACCUUUCAGCUCGUGGUCUUGGUGAUCCUGAAACCACACUCACCAAGAUUCACCCUGUUUGCCCUCCUCAUGUUGGCAAGCAGCCAAUAGCAAGAUGGUAUUUCCCACCAGAAGUUGAUUACAGACUUGAAGCAUUGCCACCAAAUGCAAAAGGACUGGUGGUGUGUAUAAUUGAAGCCAAGGUUCUAUCUAAAGCAGAACUGCAGUUCCUUGCUCUGCUUCCUACCCUUAGGCCUAAUGUGAGGGUCAUUGCUGAAUGUGGAAACUGGAGAAAGUUUAUGUGGAAGCCACUGAAAGAAAUUGCAGGACUAACAGCCAUAACGGAAGGUUGAUGAUGCUACAUUGCUACUUAUCAUCUCUGAUUUUCCAACAGUCACCAAUCAAGUAGGAAUUGUGAACAGUCCUCAAGCUUGGCUUCCCAACUUCACCUGAAGAUAAGAAAGGACAACAAAGAUAAAGGAAAGAUGAAGUUCCUUCUUGUAAAUAAAUAGAUCUGCAACAACCAUGAGUGAUGUAUUCUCAAGGUUUAAUUUUGUCAAAGACAACCAUUUCUCUCAACAUGGUAUUCAUGAAAUUCCAUUUCAACAAAAAAUGUGUAGUCCACCUGCACUGUGAACUUUUGAAUUGUUAUGAGGUUGAGCAGUAAUUAGAACA